ACGGAGAGAUCAAUUGACGUGUGUGUCAGAGCCUCAGAGAUCAGAAUUAAGCAUGAACAACACUGAAGCAAAUAGAUGUGGUAGCUGCUUCUCCACCGAUGAUUACUUUUCAUCCAUCAGCUCUUUGGUCUUCCGGGGAUAUAAGCUACUUCGUGAAGAUAAACGGCGUGCACUUGCGGUGUUUUUGGUGAUGUUGAAAACAAUAUCAUUGGUUUUGGAUGUGGCUGGGCAAAGCCCCUUUAUUAUCCAUCUUGCUGCAUUUCUCUUAUCAUUCUCUGGUUUUGUGAUGACAAUUUUAACUUGUAUGCCGGAAAGAAUCAGAGGAGAUGCUGAGAAGCAGCUUGGGGCGUUGGAGAUUGGCUUCUCAGUGGUUCUGUUGAUUGGUACAUUUCUGCCAGUUUUGGGCAUCAAGAUCAACAAGAAUUAUACAGCACCUGUUUUGCUACUAGUCUUUGCUAUUAUUGCUGCUGUUUUCACUUUCAUAAAGGAUAAAAACAUUCUUGGUUAUUUAAAACGCACAAAUGAGCAUGAGCUUCAAUUAAAGGAGCCUCCGGUGACGACGGCGGUUUUGAAGCUGGCCCAUCUCUGCGACGGUUGCACGGAGAAGAUUCAGAAGACUCUGCUAAAAACCGAAGGAGUGCGGAGUAUGACAGUGGACGAAGAGAAAGAGCUGGUGAUUGUUGAAGGAACAUCAACAAUGGACGCUAAAGUGUUGGCUGAGACUCUGAAGGACAAACUGAACAAGCCCGCUAAGAUCGUGCGACCUAAGAAAGAAAAGUGAAGAAUUGACUCUGGAAGUGAAGAAUUGAAGGUUUUGGAGAAGGGUUUUGUGGUUUUGAUAAGUAUCUUGAAAUCAGUGGCAUUUAUUUCAACAAGUUGAUAAAUUUCAAUAACCACGAAAUGCAAUUCCUGGGAGUGCUACUACUUUGAAAUGGUCAUUCUAUGAUAUGAUAUAAUAUAAAAUUAGUAAAUAUACAUAUACAUUGUGUAAAAUAUGUUAUAUUUCGGGUUGUUGUAAGCUCAACAUGUCUUUACACAUAGGCUUUCAAUGUUAAUUUCCACGACUUUAAUCAUGAAUUUUGGGCCAUAUAGGCUUAGAUUUCUAUAUAUUCCCUGUUACUAUUUCCAUUCUACGUUAAUAUGUAGGAUGUUAUAUUCAGAUACAAAAAAGGGAGUUUCUAUUUC